UUCCCCCCCCUUAUCUCAUCUAGAACAGUUGACUUCUGAAACAUUUGUUUCUAAGAGCCACUUUCAGCUUCCUGCACCUGAAACAUCAUUUGGCUUACUGAAGAAUUAAUACUGACAACAGCACAGAGCCGUGCGGGAGAAAAGAAGAUUUUAGACUAAAGUGACACAAUCAAGCCCUGAGAAGUAAAGAGAUUUGGGUGGUUUCUUACCAAAUGGAAGUUAUUUAGAAAGCCUUUGAGACCACUGCAUCUCUCCAUCCUACUUCUGCUGGGUGGAAACGGUGCUCUGGACCCUAAAUAUUAACAAAAUGCUGGAUGCAGUCAAGUGUGUUCUGGUGGGAGACUCUGCGGUGGGAAAGACAUCUCUCUUGGUACGUUUCACCUCUGAGACUUUUCCAGAUGAUUACAGACCCACUGUGUAUGAAAACACUGGAGUGGACGUCUUCAUGGAUGGUGUACAGAUUAGCCUAGGUCUUUGGGACACAUCUGGCAGCGAUGCCUUCAAAAGCAUUCGCCCCCUCUCAUACCAACAGGCAGAUGUGGUAUUAAUGUGCUACUCGGUGGCGAACCACAAUUCCUUUCUGAAUCUCAGGAACAAAUGGAUUGGUGAGAUCCGCAGCCAUUUGCCUCGUAUCCCUGUAUUGGUUGUGGCAACUCAGACCGACCAGCGUGACAUGGGGCCCUACAGCUCCUCCUGCAUCAGCCCGAUGGAUGGGAAGCGUUUGGCCCAGGAGGUGCGAGCCAAAGGCUACCUGGAGUGCUCUGCCCUCAGCAACCGGGGCGUGCAGCAGGUGUUUGAGUACGCCGUGAGGACAGUGGUCAAUCAAGCCAAAAGGCAGAACAGGAGGAAGCUCUUCUCCCUCAAUGAAUGCAAGAUCUUCUAAGGAUCAUCAGUGGCUUUGCCCACGUUCAUUCUUUCCAUCUCCCCACAAAGAUGUGGUGGUGGUGGUGGAGAGAAUCAAAGGAGGACUCCUGGCAGGAGCACUGUGGAGAUGCCCCUAGUGAGACAGACGUGCACUCUCUCUGCUCUGCUCCCUCUGCAUUCACAUGCCCAUUACCUUGAUAAACAAAAGCUGCAGGUACAUGCCCUUACUCACAAGCCUGUGUUUGGACUUCACUAGUCUAGAUCAGGCCUCGCCUGGAGAUGUGCAGGUAACAGCUGUGUUGAUUUUGUUGUUUCUGUUGCUGUUCCUCAGUGGUUGGUUUGUCUGCAUUUAUUUAAUGACAAACUUCUGCCUGGAUCAAUCCCCACCUCUAGACAUGUCUAUUGACAUGAAGUUUUUACUUUAAGAACUUAGUGUAUAGCAUCUGACCACUGUGUAUUCUAUUUAAAAGACUCU